GCAGCGCGUGUCGCCCUCUCGCGGUUCUGAGAUGAAGAAUGGAACUAUAAACGAGAAUCUAAAAUGGGAUGAUUCAGAAGAAGUAGAAAUGAACAAGGAUUUAUGGAGAAAUUCUAGUAGAAAAGUGUUUUGGCACUCUGAGCUAAACACAAGCAAGAUGGGUGAACCAAUGCCAGGAAAGCAACAUAGACAGUGUCCAGGGGAGAAUGAGGAGACAGCUCCAUCCCAGGAAACUAUAUGUCACCAGAGACUUUGGACUUAGGAGAAGCCCUGGAUACAUCUUGUGUGUGGGAGAAGCUCCCAGAAUUCUCCCUCCUCUCAUCACCAGCCAGCCCCUGAACUGGAAAAGGCUUCAAAUGUCACAAAAUGGGCAAACACUUUAUCCAGGUUUCUUAUCUUGUUGGCUCAGAGAAUCCACACAGGAAAGAAGCCUUAAAAGUGCAGUGAAUGUGGGAAAGGCUUCAGUGAGCACUCCAUCCUAACUGCCCACCUGAGGACUCACACAGGGGAGAGACCAUACCAGUGUGGGGAAUGUGGGAAAAGCUUCAACCAGAGCUCCAGCCUCAUUGUUCACCAGAGAACCCACACUGGGGAAAAGCCUUAUCAGUGCACUGUCUGUGGGAAGAGAGUCAACAAAUUCCCAUUUAGCCCUCAUUGCCAAGUCCACAUUGUGGAGGGCCUGUACCAGCAUGCCCAGUGUGGGAAAAGCUUCAAGAACAGCUCCUGCUUCAGUGCCCACCAGGAAACCCACACUGGGGAAAAGCCACAUAAGUGCUUCCAGUGUGAGAAAAGCUUCACUAAGAAUUCUUCCCUCAUCUGCCAUUGGGAUAUAGUACAUAGAAGAGAUACAUUACAGGAAGCAAGAGAUGUGACAAAUAUGUAGAAAACCUGACCAACUCCUUAGGUCAACAUUUGUUUCUGAGAGCUUCCUUAUUCUGUGGAUAGUUCUACUAGCCAAUCCCUGGCUUAGCAGUAAACUUGACAACUGGAUCUCAAGAACCAUGUCCAGGAAUAGGAAUCAGCCUAAGAAUGCACAGCCCUCUUUCUAUUUCUGCCCAGAACUUCACAAUCCUGUCUCACUGUGGAUUUCCAUUUUGCUUUGAAGGAGAGAAGGCUCUAAAAUCCGUAAUUCCUGCCUGGCCAGUGUGGCUAAAUGGGUUAGCAUCAACCUAU